CCCUUCUUCUUUUGUUCUCAUGCCAAACUCCAACUCCCAAGAAUCUCUCCUUCUCUUUCCUUUCUCCCCCACACACCCAGAUUUUUCUCUUCUUCUUUUUUUCUUAUAGGUAGACUUACACAAUUCUUCUCUUUGCUUCACCAGCCUCAACAAUGGCGAAAACAAAGCCACUUAUUAUGUUUUCCUUUCUGGUGUUUCUCUUCGCUUCUUUUGCUGCUGUUGCUGGUAGUGUUCAAUGUGUUCAAGAAAAGAAAGUCUUGAGCUUCCAAGAAUGGCAAUGGAAGCAAAAGAAUCACACUUCAAGUUAUUGUCUCUCCCAGAAAUCAAGAUGGGAGAAUGGUGCAACUAUUCUUGAAAUGAAGCACAAAGAUUCUUGUUCAAGAAAGAUUAUUGAUUGGAACAAGAAGCUACAAAAAAUCUUGGUUCUCGAUAAUUUUCGAGUUCAGUCACUUCAAUCUCGAGUGAAAAAACUUGUUCAUGGAAAUAAUGAAGAAGAUUCUCGAGAGUCUCCAAUCCCGUUAAUUUCUGGUGUAAAACUUCAAACCCUAAACUACAUAGUUACAGUUGAAUUAGGUGGUAGAAACAUGACAGUGAUAGUAGACACCGGAAGUGAUUUAACAUGGGUUCAAUGUCAACCUUGUAGACUAUGUUAUAACCAACAAGACCCCAUUUUUAACCCAUCAAUUUCUGCUUCAUAUCAAACAAUUUUAUGUAAUUCAUCAACUUGCCAAUCCCUCCAAUCUGCAACUGGCAAUACUGGUGUCUGUGGUAGUAAUCCACCAACCUGUAACUAUCUUGUUAACUAUGGAGAUGGGUCCUACACCCGUGGCGAUCUAGGCAUAGAGAAGCUCAAUUUAGGAAAAGUUUUUGUCAGCAAAUUUAUAUUUGGCUGUGGAAGAAAUAAUAAAGGUCUGUUUGGAGGAGCUUCAGGUCUUAUGGGCUUAGGGAGAAGUGAUCUUUCAUUGAUUUCUCAAACUUCUGCAAUAUUUGGAGGAGUUUUUUCUUACUGUUUACCAAAUACAGCAGCUGAUGCUUCAGGUUCUUUAGUGUUUGGUGGUAAUUCUUCAGUUUACAAAAAUACAACUCCUAUUUCUUACACUAGAAUGGUUUUUAACCCACAAUUACCUACCUUUUACUUUCUUAACCUAACUGGUAUUAGUAUUGGUGGAGUGGCAUUGCAAGCAGCAGGGUUUGAUCAAGGUGUAGUACUGAUAGAUUCAGGGACAGUUAUUUCCAGGUUGCCUCCUCCUAUUUACAGAGCUCUAAAAGCAGAGUUUUUGAAACAAUUUUCGGAGUUUCCUUCUUCGCCGCCUUUUUCAAUCUUGGAUACUUGUUUUGACCUUAGUGCAUAUCAGGAAGUUGAUAUUCCUACAAUAAAAUUGCACUUUGAAGGAAAUGCAGAACUGAAUGUUGAUGUAACUGGGAUUUUAUAUUUUGUCAAGACUGAUGCAUCUCAGGUCUGCUUGGCUCUUGCUAGUCUUAAUUUCGAAGAUGAGAUCCCCAUAAUAGGAAAUUAUCAGCAGAGAAACAUAAGAGUUGUAUAUGAUAAUGUGGAAUCUAAGCUGGGAUUUGCAGCAGAAGCUUGCAGUUUCGACUAAGCAAAUGAUUCAAGAAGUGUUAAGUGUGUGAUUGUGAAUAUAUUUAUCUGAUGCAAAUUGUCAAUUUCUUCUGUUGGCAAAGAAAUAGUAGACCUGUAAUUUUCUUCAUUUAAUACCAUAUAAAUAGCUACUACAAUCCAUUGGGUUAAUACAGCAAAAAGUGUGCAAGUAAUGUAUUAUUAAUAUUUUCCAUGUAACAUCUGUUUGAAUA